AUGGAUCAGUCGGGCAAAAUCAGAUUCCAAACUCGGGUGAGGUGGAAGCAUCCGUUUUGGUACUCAGUCCCUCUCUCUCUCUCUUCCUUCUUUCUUUCCUUUCACAUUUCCUUCCUUUUCUUCAACAAAAACCUCACGCGUUUACGCUCAUUAUUCCCAUUGAAAUACUCUCUCCUCCAUUCUCCGCUCUCCCAUCCAUUGUCAUCCCACAAUGGCAGACAGAGUCCACCCGUCUUCAAAGCCCACCGCCAAUGUCAACGGCAACGCUACUGCCCCCGCUGGAUUAGCGGCAACGGCGCCGCCAAUCCAGCCACAAAGCCCCAGCCCCGGCCGCCAUACCGCCCCCAGCCUCAGUACCACCACCGCCGUCGCCGCCGCAGCGGCCGGAGCAUCUGCUGCUGCUGCUGCUUCUGGUCGAUUCUCAUUCUCCUCGCCCUCGCUCUCCUCGCCGCCAUCGCCGGCGCCGCCGUCUACGUGCUCUACCAUCCCCACCGCCCUCAGUUCACUGUUAUCUCCCUCCGCAUUGCCAAGCUCAACCUCACCACCGCCUCCGACUCCUCCUCCUCCCACCUCACCACGCUCCUCAACCUCACAAUCGCCUCCAAGAACCCAAACAACCACCUCACCUUCUACUACGACGCCUUCACCCUAACCGCCUCCUCCAAUUCCGUCCAAAUCGGCAACGGCACGAUCCCGGCGUUCACCAGCGAGAAGAAGAACGAGACUACGUUCCGUGCAAUCAUCUCGGCGUCACAAGAUCUGGACACGGAUUCGACGACGUCGUUGAGAUCUGAUCUGAAGAGAAAGAGCGGAAUUCCACUGGAGAUCCAGAUGGAUACGAAGGUGAAAGUGAAAAUGGAAAGUUUGAAGAGCAAGAAGGUGGGGAUUAGGGUUACGUGUGAAGACAUCAAAGGAGUUGCACCGAAAGGUAAGUCGCCGACUGUGGCAUCGGUGUCCGACGCCAAAUGUAAGGUUGAUCUUCGGAUCAAGAUCUGGAAAUGGACCUUUUGAUUAAUUACUUUUAUUGAAUUGAAUUGAAUUUCUGUCUCCUUCCUUUCUUUUUGUUUCUUUUCUCUUUAAAUGUUUUUUUUUUAAAUUUUUUUUUAUCGGGGAUUUUGUAAUCAAAAUUCAACCAUGAUCCUUAGCAAUCGAGAUUUAUAGUAGGUUAAUGGCAAAUUUGUGGAGAAAAAAAGUAUUAUAAUUCUUUUUUUUUGGUUUUUUUUAUUUGAAGACUUUGGUGGUGUACGUGAAUUUGAUUUUUGAUGGAAAUGCAAUGUGAUAUUGUUUUCCUGAAAGUGUUCUCUCCAUUACAUUAAAUCAUUUUCUUCGUAAUAUUGUUUAGGAAUGUGAAUCAUAAGUUGUUUCAACCAUGAAAAGAAAGUUCACGAACUGGAAAAGGAAACCAAAAUGUAAUUUUUUUCUUUUGAUUUUAUAAUUAUUUUUAUUGAUGUUGUUAUUUUUGUUGCUUGGAG